AUGCUGGCAGAAAAGAAAUUCGAUGCCUCCCUCGAGCUCUUACGCCGUCUUGACCCGAGAGAAGUCACCAAAAAUGUUUCUGCAAUUUGCACAGUUCUCCAGAGCUCCAACGAUGAAGAAGGUCAAGAGUUAGCUCAAGACCUAUUGUCCUCUGUGGAUACUCCUUUGCAAGUAUCUGUUUGUGGCAAGACAAAGAAGCAAUUCUUAUGUUGUGACUACAAUAGAGACGGAGAUCUGUUCAGAUCGCCAUUUUCCAACGAAUACUACCCGGCUACUGGAGAUGACGAGUCUCCUUAUCCGUCGGCUACAUUGAGACAGCUAGAAGUCAAGGCCAACGAGAGUUUUGACAUCUACAGAGACUUGUACUAUGAGGGCAGUGGAUUGUCGUCUGUUUAUUUGUGGGAUACUGCCGAAGACGAAGGAGCCAACAGCUUGGAGGAGGGAUUUGCAGGAGUUGUUUUGUUCAAGAAGGAAACCGACGACAAGUCUGGUAAAUGGGACUCAAUCCACGUGUUUGAGAUCGUUCCCGAAAGUUCCACCAUGGCCACAUACAAGCUCACCACCUCCGUGAUCUUGGACUUGCAGAACUCUCAAUCUGGAGAAAGCUCCUUAUCCUUGGCAGGCAGUAUGACCAGACAGACGGAAACCACCCAGACAUUGAGUGUUGAGGGAGGAACACUUGAGGUUGCACAUUUGGUGAAUUUAGGUCAAUUGGUGGAGAAAGCCGAGUACAACAUCAGAAACUUGUUGCAGGACGUCUAUUUCGACAAGUUGAAGGAUAUCAUGUUGAAGGACUUGAGGUCUGUGGGAGACAUUUCUGAUAAGAAGGCUGAGGAUUCCAAACACUCUGACUUGAUUAAGGGCUUGCAGGGGCUCUAG